AUGUCCUGUCAUCCACCUCCUGAAGACCUGGUGGCAGUGACCAAUGGGUUUGCAGGGCUGGCAAGACACCGCGCUUUUGGGAAAGCAGCGGGAGCAAUCGACGGCUGCCAUGUCCGUAUCAAGCCACCGAGCGGCCCUGAUGGUCACUGCUACAGGAACAGGAAACUGUUUUCCUCCAUAAUUCUGCAGGCUGUUUGUGACCAUCAGGGCCGCUUCCUUGAUACGUACGUGGGCUGGCCUGGAUCAGUCCAUGACUCCAGAGUCCUCCGCCACAGCCCACUGUAUAGGUCACUCUACCCUCCUCCAGGGCACUUCAUCCUUGCAGACGGCGGGUACCCUUGCCUCCAACACCCACUACCCCUCAUCACUCCCUACAAGAGGCCAGUGCGAGGUGUGGGAGCCCAGCGCUUCAACUGGCAUCAUUCCAGGGCACGCUCCAUUAUAGAGCGUGCUUUUGGAAUGAUGAAGACCAGGUUCAGGGCCAUCUUCCUGCAAGCGCUGGAGGUGCACCACACCUUCGUACCUCACGUCAUAACAGCAUGUGCCAUCCUCCACAACAUCUGCCUUGGGGCCGAUGACAUCAUGGCCCCAGAGGAGGAGGAUGAGCCUGAGGACGAUGUAGAGGAGGAUGAGGGGGGCGAUGGUUUGGAGGCAGCCAGUGGUGCUUCCUGGCGGGACCAGCUGUCCUGGAGGAGGCCCCCCCUGACCACUAAUAUAUACAGGCAAGUAAUAUAA